CCAUCGCUCAGUAUCUUCAAGAAGAAGAGGGAGAGCAAUUCAAGAUGCAGGCAGUCGACUUCAAUAGACUCAAGGAGGGAGAGGUGGAUCUAGGAACAUCGAUUAUGGCAGUGGCAUACGAUGAAGGAGUGAUCAUGGGAGCAGAUUCGAGGACAACCAUGGGCAGCUAUAUCGCCAACCGAGUGACAGACAAGUUGACACACAUCUCCGAUCGCAUCUACUGUUGUCGAAGUGGGUCAGCGGCAGACACUCAGGCAGUGGCAGACAUGAUCACCUACUAUCUGGAAAUGUAUUCUGUAGAAGAGAACCACCUCGUUCCCGUGGCAACCGCUGCGGCGCUAUUCCAGCAGGUGGUGUAUGCCAACAAGGACAAGCUGAGCGCAGGAAUCAUCGUGGCGGGAUGGGAUGACAAGAAGGGUGGGAGUGUCUACAAUGUGCCACUGGGCGGAGGAACAUUCCAGCAGCCAUGGGCUAUCGGAGGUUCCGGCUCGACAUACAUCUACGGUUUCUGCGACUCCACCUGGAGGCCUGGGUGGGGUCGGGAACAGACGAUCGAGUUUGUCAAGAACGCCCUCAGUUUAGCCAUGCACCGUGAUGGAUCUUCGGGAGGCACGAUUCGAAUGGUCGACAUUACAAAGAAGGGUGUGGAAAGGCAUUUCAUCCCAGGCAACGAGCUACCAGAAUUGUCGGCUAAGCUGGUGUAGAGGGUCGAGCAAUGCCAAUCUUCCUCGGGCAUCAGAUUUAGCUAUUUUCGAUCAUGUGAAACCGAGAGCACUUUGUGGUGAAGGAGUGACAGAUGG